AUGGUAGUACCCACCAAAUGGCCAGCGUUCCGUAAACGCUACAUCAGACAGGAUCGCCAUGACAAUUAUGCAUCUGCUCUACAAGAGGUAUCCGCAGGUUGGGCCGAAACCAAGCAGAUCAGAGAUUCCGGUGUGCCUGAUUGGCGCCGCGUCGCAGAAGUGAGGAUGCAAGCCCGUAUCGACGCCAACAUACAGCGACGUAAUACUGAGCGAGAUCGUCUAGACGCCGCGGCACAAGCAGAGCAAGAUCGACUAGCCACAGCUGCACAAGCAGAGCAACAUCGCUUAGCCGAAGCAGACCAAGACAAUCAGGAACUCCUUGGUAAGACGGAUGAGAAUGGGCAAGCUGCAGAUGCCAUCUGGCGAGGUGGAUGGCCCCUUUUUGGUGGAAGGACAGACAACUCAAUCCACGUCUGGGUGAAGCUCGACGCGCAGCAGAUUGUGGUCGACCGUAGGGUGUUGAAGGAUACAGUAGUGCCCCCAACCUUUUGGGUCGAUUUCACAAGAUGGUCGGGACCGGAUCUACGAGAUUUUCAGAGUAGACAGCACAUGGACUAUGUUGUUCAGAACCGAUUGAGUAUGGUUCCGGAUGGCGGCCAUUUUGUACGCGCGAGUGCAUAUCGGAACCUGCCUGCCCAGUACAUCUACCGGACGAUCCAGGAAUUUUGCGAUGGAGGAGACCUGUCGCAGGUGAAUGCGAGGCAUCCGGAUGGAAUCCCAGAGCCGCUCAUCUGGCGUGUCAUUGAACAAUUGGCAAGAGCAGCAAUUGUGAUGGAGCAGGGUAGCCUUGCUGGUCCUGUACCUGGGUGGCAGCAGAUUGUGCAUUAUGAUUUCAAACCCGACAACGUCUUUUUGACAUCAUCGAGAAUACCCGCAGCUGCAUACCCAGACGCAAAACUAGGAGAUUUCGAAAUGUCCCUACAGACCUCCCCAACUGACACACUCAAUCCACAUAUCUUGCGAGAGAUUUCCGCAGCCGAUUUGAGCUGGGGAGCUCCCGAGACCAGAUCCUCCGAAGCUCGAUGGAUGAGUGAGAAAGUCUCAGGUCUAGAGAUUGGAGACCUGGAUGGCGAGCAAAUUCUCUCACCGGCAAAUAUUUGGGGUAUUGGAGUCUGCGCAUUCGAACUCAUGAAUGGAGACGUCCGCUAUGUAUACUACGAAGAUGCAGACGCAGAAGGUAAUGGAUUCAACAUUGUCGAGUAUAGCGGUAUAUCAUUAAAACAAGGCGAUCCCUUUUUUCUCAAUUGGGAGGAAACCGCCUUGGAGACGUAUAGUAGCCACCUGGUGGAUAUUGUCCGAAGCUGCUUGUGGGAUCAACCUCGCGAUCGAGUCACUCCCAUUGCUCUCUUGGCUGCGAUUAAUGGCCCCAUACCGCCUGCUGAAGAUGAUGAGGAUGAGACGGUGGAGGAUAGACGGAAGGCUCAGGGGGCUCAGGGGGAUCGUGAUGGGAUGCAGGUGGAUGAGAAGUGGCCUGUGUAUGUUGGAUUUGAAGACCGUUAUCGAAUGGGGUUUUCUUAUUCAGAUAUCACGACAUCGAUGGCGGAAACGCAGGACGCAGGGUAA